CCCUUAUAAAUCCAGAUAUUUUUCCUUUUUUUAUUUCUCCUCUACAUUUAAUUACUUAUUUUCAUUUCCACCCCCUGUGUGGCUGUGUCGUCUCCUUCCCGGCUCUCUCCUCUCCCCUUCUCCAUCUCCGUGUGGAAUCUGAGAUUGUCUUUUCAAGAUGGGUUUGAUCAAGAUCGGUGGCGAGUUGGAGGAGGGAACUUUGGAGAUUGGAAUGGAAUACAGGACCGUCUCUGGAGUUGCAGGGCCUCUGGUCAUCUUGGAAAAAGUUAAGGGUCCGAAGUAUCAGGAAAUUGUAAAUAUACGACUGGGAGAUGGCACAAUUCGACGAGGUCAAGUCUUGGAAGUUGAUGGAGAAAAAGCUGUCGUGCAGGUCUUUGAAGGAACUUCAGGAAUAGACAACAAGUAUACCACUGUUCAGUUCACGGGAGAGGUUCUGAAAACUCCUGUGUCACUUGAUAUGCUUGGGCGCAUUUUCAAUGGUUCUGGAAAACCUAUUGAUAAUGGUCCUUCAAUUUUGCCCGAGGCUUACUUGGAUAUUUCUGGAAGCUCUAUCAAUCCCAGUGAGAGGACUUAUCCAGAAGAAAUGAUUCAGACAGGGAUAUCAACCAUUGAUGUCAUGAACUCCAUUGCUCGAGGGCAAAAGAUUCCUCUCUUUUCUGCUGCUGGGCUUCCUCAUAAUGAAAUAGCUGCCCAGAUUUGUCGUCAGGCUGGCCUUGUGAAGCGUUUGGAGAAAUCUGACAAUCUCCUGGAGGAUGGAGGAGAAGACAAUUUUGCCAUUGUGUUUGCUGCUAUGGGUGUCAAUAUGGAGACAGCACAGUUCUUCAAACGUGAUUUUGAAGAAAACGGUUCUAUGGAGAGGGUCACCCUUUUCCUAAAUCUGGCAAAUGAUCCCACCAUUGAGCGCAUUAUCACCCCUCGUAUUGCAUUAACUACCGCUGAAUAUUUGGCUUAUGAAUGUGGGAAGCAUGUUCUUGUCAUUCUAACAGAUAUGAGCUCUUAUGCUGAUGCACUUCGUGAGGUUUCAGCAGCACGAGAAGAAGUGCCAGGUAGACGUGGUUAUCCUGGUUAUAUGUACACUGAUCUGGCAACCAUAUAUGAACGAGCUGGGCGUAUAGAAGGAAGAAAAGGCUCCAUCACGCAGAUACCCAUUUUGACUAUGCCUAAUGACGAUAUCACACAUCCUACUCCCGAUCUUACUGGCUACAUUACCGAAGGUCAAAUAUAUAUCGAUAGGCAGCUAUACAAUCGACAGAUAUAUCCACCUAUCAAUGUCCUGCCAUCUCUAUCUAGAUUGAUGAAGAGUGCUAUUGGCGAGGGCAUGACUCGCCGUGAUCAUGCGGAUGUAUCUAAUCAGCUCUAUGCCAAUUAUGCUAUUGGAAAGGAUGUUCAGGCUAUGAAGGCUGUUGUAGGAGAGGAGGCUCUCUCGUCGGAGGAUCUGCUCUACCUUGAAUUCCUGGACAAGUUUGAGAGGAAAUUUGUCGCGCAAGGUGCAUACGACACUCGCAACGUCUUCCAGUCACUGGACCUUGCAUGGACACUGCUCCGGAUAUUCCCCCGUGAGCUUCUCCACCGUAUACCUGCGAAGACUCUAGACCAAUACUACAGCAGAGAUGCUGCUGCCCACUGAAUUUCUCGUUAUUUUGUAGAACUCCAAUCUUCAUGAAGAGCAGUUUGAAUAAAUUGAAGUUCGAAAACUCGAAUCUUUUUUGCCUUAUAUCUUUGAAUGUUAUUCUUUACUGCAUAAAAUAUUAGAGUUUUUGUGCAUGCGCCUUGCACUUCUUGCUUUUGUAAUGUGACAUCUUGUAUUAUACCCUAUGUUUUUAUUAAUUGCUACUACUAAAAGCCUGUAAGAUGCAAAUUGGGUUGCUUUUAUGAUGUUGAGUUAUUA